AUGAAAACCAGUACAGAAAAUUUCUCUAGCACACUACACUCAGCUCUUUUAAAUGUCAGAUCUUUAGCUGGAAAAUCAUUCUUAAUCAACGAUCUUAUCAUCAAGCACAAUCUCAACUUAAUGUUUUUAACUGAAACCUGGUUAGAACAAGAUAACAGUGCAACUGUACUUAUUGAGUCAGCCCCCCCUAACUUCAGCUUUAUGAGUGAAACGAGGAAGCAUAGAAAAGGAGGUGGAGUAGCUAUUCUAUUCAAGGACUCAAUGCAAUGUAAACAGAUGUACUACGGGAAUUUUCCUUCCUUUGAAUAUGUGGCCUUCCAGUUGAACUCUGCUACUAGAGCAAUAUUCCUUAACAUCUACAGACCUCCUAAAUACUGUGUGAAUUUCUUUGAUGACUUUACUGAAUUGCUGUCUAUAAUCUGUAUUGACUUUGACUGUGUAGUGAUUGUUGGUGAUUUUAACAUUCACGUUGACAACCCCCAGGACAGAGGCACCAAAGAAUUGUGCUGUCUCCUUGAUAACUAUGGUUUGACCCAACAUGUAACAGAGCCCACACACAAUAGAGGUCACACUCUAGACUUAAUUAUUUCCAAGGGCCUGAACAUACCCAAAAUUAUGGUUACUGAUGUUGCUAUUUCUGAUCACUCCUGUGUGUUUUUUGAGAGUACUAUCUCUAUGUUAUUCACCACUGCUCAGACAGAGGUAAUCACCAAGCGGCUUAUCACUGACUACACCAGUGAAAUAUUUAAUCAGGCUUUGACUCCUCUCCCAGCUCUCUCACGGCUCUCGGUCAAUGAGCUUGUAGAAGACCUUUGCUCUAGAAUCACAAAUGUGAUGGAUGCCAUUGCGCCCACCAAGGUGAAAAUAGUCUCUGGCAAGAAAAGAUCUCCAUGGAGGAAUGCCGCGCUGGUCAGAGCUGAAAAAAGAGAGUGUCGGAAAGCCGAACGCAGAUGGCCAAACACAAGCCUUCAGGUUCACUAUCAGAUCUAUAAAGAGAGACUUCGUAUCUUCAACCUAGAACUAAGAAAUGCUAGACGAUCCUUCUUCUCAGACAUCAUCACCAAAAACAAAAAUAAUGCACGCGCCCUAUUUACCACAGUCGACAGGCUAACAAACCCUCCAGUAUCAGUAGCCUCUGAAUUUCUGUCUGCCAAGGCUUGUAAUGAAUUUGCCUCCUUCUUCAAUAACAAAAUCCAGAAAAUUAGACAAACAGUCAGUAGCUCAAUAUCCGGUACAGGAUAUGUGUUGUCCAUGUGUACUAACCCCAGUAGCAUGACACAAUUCAACCCGAUCAACAUUAAAACCCUGGAGGACAUCAUACUAAAUCUGAACUCCUCCACCUGCUGCCUUGAUAUUCUGCCAACAGGUUUCUUUAAAACAGUUUCUAAUUGCAUGGCCUCAGAUCUUCUACAGAUUGUCAACAUGUCACUUCUGUCAGGUGUCUUUCCACAGGCCCUGAAAACUGCUGUCAUAAAGCCUCUCCUAAAAAAAAGCAACCUAGACAACUCAGUAAUGAACAAUUAUAGGCCUAUAUCGAACCUCCCGUUUUUAAGCAAAAUCAUUGAAAAAGCAGCCUUCCAACAGCUUCACAACUUCUUAGUCCUAAACAAUUGUUUUGACGUUUUCCAGUCAGGGUUUCGACUGCAUCACAGCACUGAGACUGCUCUUAUCAAAGUCUUUAACGACAUCCACUUAAACUCAGACAAUGGCAAAAUUUCAGUCCUAGUAUUGCUCGAUCUCAGUGCCGCUUUCGACACGGUUGACCACAGCAUCCUACUCGAUCGACUGGAAAACUGGGUGGGACUUUCUGGAACAGUACUAAACUGGUUUGCAUCCUACUUAAAGGAUAGAGACUACUUUGUGUCUCUAGGUAAUUACACAUCAGAGCGAACAAAAAUGACAUGUGGGGUUCCCCAAGGCUCCAUUCUGGGGCCACUCCUGUUCAACAUUUACAUGCUCCCUCUAACUCAAAUCAUAGCAAACAACAAAAUAUCUUACCAUAAUUAUGCAGACGACACACAGAUUUACAUAACCAUGUCGCCAGGCGACUACAAUCCAAUACAAACACUGAGUCAGUGUAUUGAACAAAUCAACGAUUGGAUGUGUCAGAAUUUUCUUCAACUAAACAAAGAUAAAACUGAAGUAAUUGUAUUUGGAGCAGAAGACGAGCAAUUAAAAGUCUGCGCUCAGCUUCAAUCGAUAAUGUUAAAAAGCACAAACCAAGCCAGAAACCUUGGUGUUGUCAUGGACUCAGACCUGAAUCUUAACAGCCACAUAAAGACAAUUACAAAGUCAGCCUACUAUCACCUGAAGAAUAUAUCCAGGGUCAAAGGACUGAUGACCCAGCAGGAUUUGGAAAAGCUUGUCCAUGCAUUUAUCUUCAGCAGACUUGACUACUGUAACAGUGUCUUCACAGGUCUCCCCAAAAAAUCCAUCAGACAGCUCCAACUGAUUCAGAAUGCUGCUGCUCGAGUCCUCACUAAGACCAAGAAAGUAGAUCAUAUCACCCCAGUUCUCAGAUCUUUACACUGGCUUCCCGUCUGUCAAAGAAUUGAUUUUAAGAUACUAUUGCUGGUUUAUAAAGCACUGAAUGGAUCAGGACCAAAAUACAUUUCUGAUAUGCUGAUACGUUACGAACCAUCCAGACCGCUCAGAUCAUCAGGAGCAGGUCUGCUCUCUGUCCCCAGAGUCAGAACUAAACGUGGAGAAGCAGCUUUUAGUUUUUAUGCUCCUCAUGUCUGGAACAAACUCCCUGAAAACUGUAGGUCUGCUGAAACUCUCAGCUCUUUUAAAUCACAGCUGAAAACGCAUAUGUUUGCUGUGGCCUAUCAUUAA